AGGGAGACCUACACAAUACUAGGAAGGGAGUCAUAGUGUUGCGACUGAUCGGUGUAUAUGUCUGAUAUAAAAAGACAUGCAUAUACAUUCUGAAUAAAAUGAAUUAAUUAUAAGUUAUAUAAGUUAUGACAUAUAAAGUCUGGUCUGUUGGUUACCCCUCAAAUGUAGAGGAAUUCUCAAUAGUGUCAGUGUGACCUACUUUACUCGUACUUUCUCUUAAGUGACACCAUGACAUUGAUCACUUCUAUUAGUCAGAUCACAGUGUGGUGGUGCUUUAACUUUCGUCUUCAUAGGUAAGUGUAGGCUAUUAUAUAACGACUUCCUGCAACGAGCCAGGAGCAGAUGGACCAUUUCGGUAACCGCGUAAAGCCUGACUACCACAUCAGCUCCUCAGCGAGGGGGGACCAUCCACGCCUGCAUCCGGAGGGUACCUACAUCCUGGUACUCCGACGAUGCUCCGGUAGACGACACGGGUACAUUUUUUCUGCACCGUCAUGACUGGAGAGGGCCCGUAGCCCGGACGCAUCAACCCGGCGGGCGUUUUUGGGACGGAUGAAUCGGCAGAUUGUGCAUCCGAAGCCGGGGUUAAAUCACUUCCUGAUUAACCCUACCGACCAGAAGAAGAACUGCGCUGCUGGCUGUUAGCAAGAGGAGGAGGAGGAGGAGGAGGAGGCUGGGGAGAAAAACUGACACGUGGAUUACUCCUCCUAGGGCAUCAGAGAGAGGAAAAAAAACAGACUCCCUCCCUCAGUUCAUCGGUUGUACCCGUUCCUGUUAGUCCCGUCUUGCAGGUCAGGGAACUGGAUAUCGAAAAACUCCUGCGUGAUUUGGCAUAUGUGAUCAGGGCUGAUUUCCUUUCCCCCCCCCCUCUGACUGUCUGAUCGACCGGAAAGAAAGUAACAAAAAAAGAGAGAGAAAAAAAGGCGAAGCGAUUGAAAGGAGGCUGCCUUCACCUCGCGUUGAAUGGCAGUUAUUCAAAAAUAUGGCAAGAACUAUAGUCCAGAUUUGGUCUGUCACAAGGAAAACCAUCCGUCUGACAAGAUCGGGGUGCCUGGAUGUCACAAGAAGUGGCCCGAACACAACAGCAACUGGCCGAGGCCAGUGGCGAGGGUAUGGACGGUGGUGCUGCUGCUUGGGACGUGCCUCCUCUACUGCGCCCGCGUGGCGAUGCCCAUCUGCGCCGUCAGCAUGGCAGAGAAGUUCAACUGGAGCAAGAGGGAGUCCGGCAUGGUGCUGGGCAGCUUCUUCUGGGGAUACUGCUUCACGCAAGUGUUCGGAGGCUACGUCAGCGACCGGGUGGGAGGGGAGAAGGUCCUCCUGCUGUCUGCCGCUGCCUGGGGGUCAAUGACAGCCUUCACCCCCAUCCUGGCCCACUUCUGCUCCCAGCCGAUCUUCUCUAUGACACUGGCCCGCUUUCUCAUGGGCCUGUUGCAAGGAGUUCAUUACCCUUCACUGGCGAGUCUGUGCUCGCAAAAGGUUGUGGAGAGUGAAAGAGGGUUCCUCAUGAGCACCGUGGGUAGCGGCUCCUACCUGGGUACUCUGGUCAUUGGAGGGGCCGGCUCCCUCAUGUUGGACCUGUACGGCUGGGAGAGUGUUUUCUACGUCUCUGGUCUCCUCUCUGUCCUGUGGGCCUACUGUAUGUGGAAAUAUCUGCUCAAAGGAGAAGGGCCGAUAAUUACCCUCGAGUCCCUGGGCAGUGGAGGGGCGCAGUCCAAACUGUCCAAAAGACACUGGUUACGACUCCUCAGACAACCUGCAGUCUGUGCUGUGAUAGUGACGCAUCUUUGCACAGCGAGCACCUUCUUCACUCUCUUGUCGUGGCUGCCAACGUUCUUUAAAGACACCUUCCCCGAUGCCAAGGGUUGGGUGUUCAAUGUGAUUCCUUGGUUGGUGGCCAUACCUUCCUCCCUCUUCAGCGGCUGCCUGUCUGAUCACCUCAUCAGUCAAGGCUUCGAUACGGCCUCAGUGAGGAAGUUGAUGCAGUUUUUCUCCAUGGGUGUUUCCAGUGUGUUUACCCUUCUCCUGUGCGGCAACACCACCUUCUCCUGGGCUGUAGCAUUCGUGUCUGCCACCAUGGGCCUCACCACCUUCAGUCACAGCGGCGUUUCUGUAAACGUUCAAGAUCUCGCUCCUUCCUGUGCUGGAGCUUUAUUUGGUGUAAUGAAUACGUGCGGCGCAUUCUCAGGGGUCCUGAUGGUGUAUUUCUCGGGGUAUCUCAUCGAGGCAACGGGCUCAUGGGCGUCGGUGUUUGCCCUCAUCACCACAGUCAACCUGCUGGGCCUCUGCACUUUCCUGGCCUUUGCCGAGGCCCGCCGCUUCGACAUUGACUCCAUUAAGGCCCGCCACCACAACAUACACAUCUAAAAAUCAAAAUGGGACCAAAACGCAGGUCGACGAGGGAGACGUGCACUUGGGGCGACCAGCAGCUAGGAUAUUAUCAGCACUGAAGUACAAUCCGAUGGAUGCUAAGCAGUACACCGAUAAAACCCACGGACAAGAUCUGGGAAAAGUUUGAUUGGCUCUGUGUCUCGGUGAGGACGUACUGAAAAGCACACCACAGAGCCGGCACAAUGUUACUGAGAGAUCUCAAAAAAAAAAAAAUAAAUAUCGAGGAACAGAAAAAGUCCACGCUACCUCCGCGUCCCUGUUUUGUGGCGGCGUGCGGGUUUUCCACAGUUUCUGAGAAACGGUUUAGAAUCGCCGUCUUUUCCAAACUGCGGCGCCAGAAAAAGUUGCAGAGACGAGUCUGGUUGUCUGAAAAGCCAUAGCUCGCCGCUUUGGCGGGUUUCGCGGGGCGCGUCGAAGCAGCUGCGUGAGUGAUAGAUGUGUUAGUCUCAGGGGCUCCCUGACAGCUGUGACAGACCAAGGUGGUUUGUUCUCACCCUGCAGGGAUGGGGGAGGCGGCGCGGGUGACGCGGGGAGAGUCGCAGUCUCUCGUACCUGGAGUCUUUUAUUAGUACGCCCCGCUCACCCAUCAGCGAGAGAACUGUCGGAGUGACACCUCAUUACCCUGCCACUAAUUACUUGGCGGGCGCUCUAACGUCCUGUACGAUUUACCUUCUGUUGUCCCUGUCUCCAUGGUUACAAACUCAUCUUGUCGUUUCGGAGGGGUCACAGAAAGCAGGAGGACUGAGCGAACGCUUUCUCUUAAAUAUCUCAUGAAGUACGUUUUGAGUUGGAAGACCAAAGGUUAUUAACUAAUUCUGUUUUCUUUCUACGUGAUUGCAUGUUAUAGAAAUACCUCACUUAGUACUUUUAUAUUUAUAUGGGUUCUUUUUUUUUUUCUUUUUUCUUUUUAAAUAAAAAGACCUGGCUGACAAAUGAAAGAUGUUGCGUAAGACAGAGAGUCAGAUCGAGGUGAUGCAGAAUGGAAAACCCAAAAGUAGACCUUUUUAAGUUUAGUAUCCUUACUUACUUUUAUGUUAUAGUAAUAAAUAUAUAAUGUUAUAAUGUUAAAUGAUUUAACAUGUUGGAGAAAACUGCAUAGGCAAACUAAAAAAGAAAGAAUUUUCAACUUUCUGUGUUGAGGAUCCACCCUUAUUAUUGCACUUAACACCUAUGUUACCUAGACACUUAACAGGAAGCGAUGUCAGUAUUUGUGAUGGAGUCUCUAAACGCGGUUUUAAAAAACGGCUUCCUCACUGGCGCGACGAAUGUUGCGGGGUCGACGAGGGGGUCGGACGUUGACACCUCAGGUCCGGCGCCGUUGAGGCGGUCGCUAGGUGUAAUGCUGCUGCUGCAGUGUAUGUAGCGACGUGAAGCUAGCCUCGUGGUCCUGGCUGGAUGUGGACGUCAUUGUUUGCAGCGUUCAGCUUUGGCGUUCAGAGCACGGCUUUAACAUUUGUUUUGUUUUACGUUGGGAGGAUUUCACGUUUCGAGUCUUGACGCUUACUUGACGUGUCUGCCUUAGAUCUAUGCAUUUAUUAUUUUGUGCCUAAUUUAAGCCAAAAAAAAAACAAAAAAAACUGCGAGACACAGUGUCAGUUACUGAACAGUGGAUUUGAUUUCUGCCUAGGAUGUGUGUCGCUUUUGUGUCAUCGUUAUUUACACACAGGCUUCUGUUUCCUUGGAUGUUUUCUAUCGUCAGUUGUUACAAGAAUGUUAGAAUUAGAAAAUAAUUUGAUUUAUCCUCUCUGUUGUUUAGAGCAGAGGCACCCUUUUCUGUAUAUCUAAAAUAUUAAAUUAUUUUUUGUGUGUGUGUUUGAAAAAGACAGAGAAACCCAUUGGGCGUAGUAGUGCCGCUCCACUCAUCUGCACUGUCUAUAGAGUAAUUUAUUACAAGAAAUUAUCUAAACCAAAUGUCAUAUUGAUUCAAAAACUUUUUUUUUUUUUUUUUUUUAAUGGUCACGGUAUAUAUAAGUAAGACAACUGUACAAAAUACUUAUUCCUCAGUUUCUUGACUUGCCUUUGCAGAUGUGCAUUAUUUACCACUACCUUCAUCUCGUUGUUCCGUUUUCUCUCUUUCUUUCUUUUUUGUUACACAUUUUACAAAGAUAAAUUGUGAAGGUAAGUCAAUGAAGGUGAGCUCACCAACAUAUCAUGCUGUAGGUUUGUGAAAGCCUAACGAUGAAUAGUUUUUGAUAAUCUGUAACAUACUGUACGUAUGAUCCGGAAGAAAUGAUUAUAUAUAAUUAUAUAUAAACAAAUGCAAGAAAUGCAGUAUUCUGUUGCUUUUAAAAUAUGUUUAAAAUGUGUAUUUAAAAAAGCUCUUAACUUUGAAUAAAGAUCUAUUUUGUCAACACUGA